CAUUAACAGGGUCUGGCCACAAAUAUUUUCUAGAGUUGACUUUCCCAUUUGUUGAGAUGUUACUGAUUAAAAAAAUAAAUAAAUCAGCUGAUAACCUAUUUUAAGAAGAUGGGCUAAAAACUACCUAAUCUACUGUGCUGCAGUUUGCCAGACUUCCUUAACAAGCUGUGCGACCAGUUUCACCAUGAAUAUUUAUCAGCUGAACGCUCCCGCUUACGAAAACCACGGCUUUCAACUUCAGGAAAAUAGACCACCGCCAUACGCCCCGCACCAUGCGAUCUAUCCUUCUCUCCCUCAAGCAACUCCAAGCUACGUGGCUUUCACUCCCAACCCCAUCAACACUCACCAUACCGUAGCACCUGCUCAGCCGCAAAGUACCCCACAAAACAAAGGACUAAGGAGGUGUCCAUGGCAACGUAUCUUGUGUGCAUCCAUAUGUGUUGCUUUUGUCCUGGUGGUGCUAACCGUCCUAUUGUGGUACUUCUUCUACUUCCAGUGUGCAUUGGGGAAGUCAUGUGUUUAUAGUGGCCAUUGUCUACGUUCCUCCCAGUGGUGUGAUGGAGUCGAAGACUGUGCCCAUGGAGAGGAUGAGUCCCAAUGCUUUCGUCUUCAGGGAAGCAACUUUGUGUUGGAGAGUUUCUCAUCACACAACCAAUUGUGGAUGCCCGUAUGUAGCGAAGGAUGGGAUGACAACUAUGGGAAAGCUGUGUGCGAGCUGAUGGGUUACAAGAAGGAGGAUUAUGUAACCUACAGUCGAACAAACAGAGGUCGUCUAGCCUCAAAUGGAUUCAUGAAGCUCAUUCCUGGGAGUGAUCACCAAUCGAAAAUACAGUUGCAGCUAUCUCACAGUCAACUUUGCCGAGGAGGUUUUGUUGGGCUCCGCUGUAUGGACUGCGGACAGAGUUUUGCAUCCCCCAGCAGUCGCAUUGUAGGUGGUAAAGAGGCUUCUAACGGUGCCUGGCCAUGGCAAGUCAGUCUCCAGCUUUUUAGUUUCCGACACACUUGCGGAGGUUCCAUUAUCACCCCGUACUGGAUUGUAUCUGCAGCGCAUUGCUUCCAGGAUUACUCCACCCCAUCAUUUUGGACAGUGUACUCUGGCGACACAAGCUUGUCACGAAUAAGAGUAAAUGGCAACAAAGUUCACAAAAUCAUCAGUCAUGAGAAGUACGACUCAAAAACUAACGACAAUGACAUUGCUCUUCUGAAGCUUAAAACAGCUUUGACAUUUUCAAAGACAGUAAAGCCAGUGUGCUUGCCAAACAUCGGGAUGCAAUUCUCAGAUAGACAUCCAGCUUGGAUUACAGGAUGGGGAGCUUUACAAUCAUCUGGCCCGACCCCUGACAAACUCAAUCAGGCCGAGGUGACCAUUUACAGCAGAAAGGACUGCAAUGAACCUCCAAUUUUGAACGGGGCAGUUACUGAAUCGAUGAUUUGUGCCGGCAAACUAAGCGGCGGCGUAGAUUCCUGUCAGGGUGACAGCGGGGGGCCCUUGGUUGUCAAAGAGGCAGACUUGUGGUGGCUGGCAGGGGACACGAGCUGGGGGAUUGGAUGCGCUAUCAAGAACAAGCCAGGGGUCUAUGGCAAUGUAACCUACUUCCUUGACUGGAUACAUUGGCAGAUGCAGACUAACUGACGGGGACGGUGGUGUACAGUGGCGCAUUGCUUGGUGUGCUUAAUUCAUACAAAAACUUUGCACUUUGGAACGGAAAAUAUUGGUGAACACUGUAUGUUUCUAUUUGAACAAAUGUACAUGAAUAAAGACUUUUUUUUUUUUUUUUUGCACAAAUGAGCAAGUGUUCAGUGAGUUACAAUGCUGCAAGAUAGCUACCAAAAUUUCCGGCCUACAGAGUGCACUGGAUUAUAUGCCUCACCCUGUACAUUAGUAAAGGAAAUACCAUUUGGUACGUACAUAAGCCGCACCUGUGUAAAAGUUGCAAGUACCCACGUUGAAACCCACAUCGAAACAUGGGAUAUUUACAAAGAAAGACGGUACACAGAAAGAGUUUUCAAAGAUUUAAUUACUCAUCUUAUCGUAACAUAGCAACAACACGGUAGCACGAACAGGGUUGGUUAAAACAACAACAACAUACCAGACCCUCGUGAAGAUAAGCAGCUAAGAAAAUGGCUGGAUGGACAAAAUAAAUACAGA